GCCCGCGGCCGUCACCUACCCCUGUGGCCCCCUUGCCCGCCACGGGGCGACCGGCGGGCACCUCGGUGACGGCUGCCUUCCUCCGGGACCGUCAAGCAGCUGGCUGAACACUUUAAGCAUGAGAAAAGUUGAUCUCUGUUUGAACUCUGAAGGGUCUGAAGUGAUUUUGGCUACCUCAAGUGAUGAAAAGAAUCCACCUGAGAAUAUCAUUGAUGGGGACACGGGAACAUUUUGGACCACCACUGGAAUGUUUCCCCAGGAGUUCAUUAUUUGUUUUCACAAACAUGUAAAGAUUGAAAAGCUUGUGAUCCAGAGUUACUUAGUGCGGACCUUGAGGAUUGAGAAGACCAUGUCUAAAGAGCCCUUUGGUUUUGAGCAGUGGGUCGAAAAAGACUUGGCACACACUGAGGGGCAACUUCAAAAUGAAGAAAUUGCGCACUUGGAGGCAGAGGUGCACCAGAAGAUCACCUUGAGUUUGAGGCCACCCUGAGACUACAUAGUAUAU